GUAACAAAAUCAGUGCUUGCUCGAGUCGAGAGGCCUAAAGAUUGCAGACGACCCUAUCAAUUGCUCGAAAAUGCGGGUCUUAUCCUGCGCCUCUCCUGCGUAUCCGUUGCACUCUCUUCGAGCUUCCAGACCCAUAACUACAGUUCGUUCAAGCUCUCGAGUCCAAGUCUCCGUCAGCAGCGGUAAUAAUCAUAAAGAUCUUCAUCUUCAGGACCAUCCCUUUGUACCGGAGGUCGUAAAAGCAGUGGACUCCUUGUAUUCAGAGUUCAGAGCCGUUGAUAAUUUGGUGGCCCGCAACACUGCCCGUGUUCUGAAAGCUUUCCAGAAUGCUCGAGUUGGGUCUCAUCACUUUGGCGGAUGCACUGGCUAUGGCCAUGAAGAAGCUGGGGGACGUGAAGCACUUGACCAAGCUUUUGCAGAAAUUGUUGGUGCCGAAUCCGCAAUAGUCCGCUCACAGUUUUUUUCAGGUACUCAUGCGAUCACUUGUGCUUUGUUUGCUCUUUUAAGGCCAGGAGAUGAGCUUUUGGCAGUUGCCGGUGCACCCUAUGACACAUUGGAAGAAGUUAUUGGAAAGAGAGACUCCCAGGGACUAGGUUCCCUGAAAGAUUUUGGAGUGACCUACCGAGAAGUUCCGCUUGCUGAGGAUGGUGGACUUGACUGGGAUGCACUUGUGUGUGCUGUGAAACCUCAAACAAGAUGUGCACUCAUCCAGAGGUCACGCGGUUAUUCAUGGCGUCAGAGUUUAAGCGUAAAUAAAAUAGAGAGGGCAAUCAAGAUGAUUAAGAUGCAGAAUCCUAAUUGCUUGGUGAUGGUGGAUAAUUGCUAUGGUGAAUUUGUGGAAAGCAUUGAACCUCCGAUGGUGGGUGCAGAUUUGAUUGCAGGCAGUUUAAUAAAAAAUCCUGGUGGAACCAUUGCACCAUGUGGUGGAUAUGUUGCAGGGAAAGAAAGAUGGGUGAAAGCAGCUGCUGCUCGCCUCUCUGCACCAGGGCUUGGGGUUGAUUGUGGUUCAACUCCUGGUGACAUUAUGCGAGCUUUUUUCCAGGGGUUGUUCCUUUCACCUCAGAUGGUUGGUGAAGCAAUCAAGGGGACCUUCCUGCUCGCUGAAGUUAUGGCAUCUAAAGGGUACAAGGUGCAGCCACUUCCUCGUGUCCAACGCCAUGAUGUAGUGCAGGCUGUACAGCUUGGGAGCCGUGAGCGUCUUCUUGCUUUCUGUGAGGCUGUUCAGAGAAGCUCCCCAGUUGCCUCAUUUACGAAACCAGUUGCGGGCACAACUCCUGGAUAUGCAUCUGAGGUGAUCUUUGCUGAUGGAACCUUCAUUGAUGGGAGUACCAGUGAGCUCUCAUGUGAUGGACCAUUAAGAGAGCCUUUUGCUGUAUACUGCCAGGGUGGCACACAUUGGACCCAGUGGGGACUAGUUCUUGAAGAGGUUUUAAAAUACAUAUAAGCUAAAAUCCAUCUUGGGUUAUGAGGAUACACAAGGUGUUGCGAUGACAAUCUUCCAGCUGACUCUUUUUUCACCUGUUAGCAAGCAGUUGAGUUUAACUGUCAAGUUGUGCCAUCUCAACAUUCGCAGAACUGUUGAAUUUUCAGGAGGGGGCAUCUACUUCAAGGCAAACCUUACGACCAAAGCGAUAAUAGAAAUCAUUAUAUUUUUUUUCCCCCGUGCACAGAAUUCUGUAUCUCGUGCCACAUACUGACUAAAGCCGUGAAGGCGGCCUUUGUUUUGGGGCAAGCUGUGAAGGGAGCCGUUAUUUCAUUCAUAUAUAAAGAGUUAAGAGCCCUGCUUGAGGAGGCAUGCAUUUUUCCCCCCAUAACAGUCUCUUUUUAUUUAACAGUUUUGAUUCAAGUGAACUCCGGUCGCCUUAAAACUUGAGAACGGUGUAUACUAGAGAGAAUAUAGAACUGAAAUUCUCACAAGUUAUCCCUGAAUUAUCUUCAUACGUUAGUCAUUGCAAGUUUGGCGUGCAUUCAUUCCGAUCGUAACAUUUGCCUUCGACUAAGUUAUAUCUUAUCUGAGCUGUACCAUAAACUACGACAAGUCUACAGUCUACUUUUUCCCUCGAAGUGGUAAUGUGGGAGAAUCCUACAGGAAAAAGGAGAAGCAUGUGGAAGUCAUGGUAUGAAAGAAGCUGCAUUGAUAUAUGCAUGUAGGAAUAGAAAGAAACGACGAGAAAAAAUUAUUUUUGAAGACAAUGAAAAAAUAAAUUAAAUCUAAAAUGCGGUGAGCGUGGAUCGAACACGCGACCUUCAGAUCUUCAGUCUGACGCUCUCCCAACUGAGCUAUCCCCGCGUGUUUUUUACUAGCUCUGCUCUCAGUAAUCUGAACCACAAACCAAACCAGAGAAGCUUCUUCCCCAAAGCUAAAGCGAUCGCAUUCUCUUACAUCGGGCCACCCACUGCCAAUGCCUGUCACCACCCUAACAUUAAUUAUUCAUUCAGAAUCGUUGUAUAGCUGAGCACAGCUUAUCUCAGAACAUCUUUUCUGUUGGAAGAAGCCAAAGGAGCAGAAAGCUAUUAUAAUUAUCACACUUAUGGCCCCCAUAUAUGCUAUUGACUCCUAUGUUGGUUUGUUAGAUCUUCAGGGGACCAAGGCCUUUUUUAUGUUCUUUUUCUAGGUUGUAGCUAAAUUAUUGGCUUUGAUGUACAGCUACUUGAACAUAUCCAUUAGCAAAAACAUAGUGCCUGAUGAAAUCAAAGGAAGAGAGAUUCACCAUUCAUUUCCAAUGACUCUUUUUUCAGCCCCGCACUGCUCGUCUGAACCACAUGGCAGUUUGUUGUGAUUCACCGUGUGUUCAAUCUUGAUGAUAACUCUUCAACUUCUUGGAGCCUAUCCCAGUUUUUAUGCAUCAAAGGGAUUGUCUUCUUCUGCUUUUGGCAGGGUGUUGUACUUGAUAUUCUUGUAGGAUUGGGCAUAAUCCGAUCUCAUCAUGUCUGGCUAGAUGUUGAGCACAUUGAGGAAGCCCUACAAAAUGUAUUGGUGUGUGUGGAGAUGGUUUUCUUUUCCGCUUUUCAGCAAUAUGCAUACAACUUUGCGCCAUGUAGAGAUGAUGUUGCAUCAAGCACAAAAUUAGAUAAGAGGAAAGAGUGAUUUGGAAUUUACAUAAAUAUGGGUGAGAACUUGAAUGUACUGAUAAAUAUCAUUAACUGAACUAAGUUAGAUUUAUAUGACCCAUGCUAUACCUAUAUCUAAAUAAUUUCGACUUU